GGGCACAGUCUGCCCUGACACAGCCUCUUCCCUCUCUCCAGGUCCCCUGCAGGCCUCGGCCCCCUUCCUCAUCUGUAGACACACUUGAGUAGCCCAGGCACAGCCAUGGGAGAUUCGGAGAUGGCCGCCUUUGGGGCUGCCGCCCCCUACCUGCGCAAGUCAGAGAAGGAGCGGCUAGAAGCCCAGACCAGGCCUUUUGACCUCAAGAAGGAUGUCUUCGUGCCUGAUGACAAAGAGGAGUUCGUCAAGGCCAAGAUUGUGUCUCGAGAGGGUGGCAAAGUCACUGCUGAGACCGAGAGGGGCAAGACAGUGACUGUGAAGGAGGAUCAGGUGAUGCAGCAGAACCCACCCAAGUUCGACAAAAUCGAGGACAUGGCCAUGCUGACCUUCCUGCACGAGCCCGCGGUGCUCUACAACCUCAAGGAUCGUUACGGCUCCUGGAUGAUCUAUACCUACUCGGGCCUCUUCUGUGUCACCGUCAACCCCUACAAGUGGCUGCCGGUGUACAAUGCCGAGGUGGUAGCUGCCUACCGGGGCAAGAAGAGGAGCGAGGCCCCGCCCCACAUCUUCUCCAUCUCCGACAAUGCCUAUCAGUACAUGCUGACAGACAGAGAAAACCAGUCCAUCCUGAUCACCGGAGAAUCCGGAGCAGGGAAGACGGUCAACACCAAGAGGGUCAUCCAGUAUUUUGCUGUUAUUGCAGCCAUUGGGGACCGCAGCAAGAAGGACCAGAACACGGGCAAGGGCACCCUGGAGGACCAGAUCAUCGAGGCCAACCCUGCUCUGGAGGCCUUUGGCAAUGCCAAGACCGUCCGGAAUGACAACUCCUCCCGCUUCGGGAAAUUCAUUCGAAUCCAUUUUGGGGCAACAGGAAAGUUGGCAUCUGCAGACAUAGAGACCUAUCUUCUGGAAAAAUCCAGAGUUAUUUUCCAGCUGAAAGCGGAGAGAGAUUAUCACAUUUUCUACCAAAUCCUGUCUAACAAAAAGCCUGAGCUGCUGGACAUGCUGCUGAUUACCAACAACCCCUACGAUUAUGCAUUCAUCUCCCAAGGAGAGACCACUGUGGCCUCCAUUGACGACGCUGAGGAGCUCAUGGCCACUGAUAACGCCUUUGACGUGCUGGGCUUCACUACAGAGGAGAAAAACUCCAUGUACAAGCUGACAGGUGCCAUCAUGCACUUUGGAAACAUGAAGUUCAAGCAGAAGCAGCGGGAGGAGCAGGCGGAGCCGGACGGCACUGAAGAGGCUGACAAGUCUGCCUACCUCAUGGGGCUGAACUCAGCCGAUCUGCUUAAGGGGUUGUGCCAUCCUCGGGUGAAAGUGGGCAAUGAGUACGUCACCAAGGGGCAGAAUGUCCAGCAGGUGGCAUAUGCCACUGGGGCACUGGCCAAGGCAGUGUACGAGAAGAUGUUCAACUGGAUGGUGACACGCAUCAACGCCACCCUGGAGACCAAGCAGCCACGCCAGUACUUCAUAGGAGUCCUGGACAUCGCUGGCUUCGAGAUCUUUGAUUUCAACAGCUUUGAGCAGCUCUGCAUCAACUUCACCAAUGAGAAGCUGCAGCAGUUCUUCAACCACCACAUGUUCGUGCUGGAGCAGGAGGAGUACAAGAAGGAGGGCAUCGAGUGGACAUUCAUUGACUUUGGCAUGGACCUGCAGGCCUGCAUCGACCUCAUCGAGAAGCCCAUGGGCAUCAUGUCCAUCCUGGAGGAGGAGUGCAUGUUCCCCAAGGCCACCGACAUGACCUUCAAGGCCAAGCUGUUUGACAACCACCUGGGCAAAUCCUCCAACUUCCAGAAGCCACGCAAUAUCAAGGGGAAGCCUGAAGCCCACUUUUCCCUGAUCCACUAUGCCGGCACCGUGGACUACAACAUCAUUGGCUGGCUGCAGAAGAACAAAGACCCUCUCAAUGAGACUGUAGUGGCCUUGUAUCAGAAGUCCUCCCUCAAGCUGCUCAGCACCCUGUUUGCCAACUAUGCUGGAGCUGAUGCGCCUAUUGAGAAGGGCAAAGGCAAGGCCAAGAAAGGUUCGUCCUUUCAGACUGUGUCAGCUCUGCACAGGGAAAAUCUGAACAAGCUGAUGACCAACUUGCGCUCCACCCAUCCCCACUUUGUACGUUGUAUCAUCCCCAAUGAGACAAAGUCUCCAGGGGUGAUGGACAACCCCCUGGUCAUGCACCAGCUGCGCUGCAAUGGUGUGCUGGAGGGCAUUCGCAUCUGUAGGAAGGGCUUCCCCAACCGCAUCCUCUACGGGGACUUCCGGCAGAGGUAUCGCAUCCUGAACCCAGCGGCCAUCCCUGAGGGACAGUUCAUUGACAGCAGGAAGGGGGCAGAGAAGCUGCUCGGCUCCCUGGACAUUGACCACAACCAGUACAAGUUUGGCCACACCAAGGUGUUCUUCAAGGCCGGGCUGCUGGGGCUGCUGGAGGAGAUGAGGGACGAGAGGCUGAGCCGCAUCAUCACGCGUAUCCAGGCCCAGUCCCGGGGUGUGCUUUCCAGAAUGGAGUACAAGAAGCUGCUGGAACGUAGAGACUCCCUGCUGAUAAUCCAGUGGAACAUUCGAGCCUUCAUGGGGGUCAAGAAUUGGCCCUGGAUGAAGCUCUACUUCAAGAUCAAGCCGCUGCUGAAGAGUGCAGAGACGGAGAAGGAGAUGGCCACCAUGAAGGAGGAGUUCGCACGCCUCAAAGAGGCGCUGGAGAAGUCCGAGGCUCGCCGCAAGGAGCUGGAAGAAAAGAUGGUGUCCCUGCUGCAGGAGAAGAAUGACCUGCAGCUCCAAGUGCAGGCGGAACAAGAUAACCUGGCAGAUGCUGAGGAGCGCUGUGAUCAGCUGAUCAAAAACAAGAUUCAGCUGGAGGCCAAAGUGAAGGAGAUGAAUGAGAGGCUGGAGGAUGAGGAGGAGAUGAAUGCUGAGCUCACUGCCAAGAAGCGCAAGCUGGAAGAUGAGUGCUCAGAGCUCAAAAGGGACAUCGAUGAUCUGGAGCUGACACUGGCCAAAGUGGAGAAGGAGAAACAUGCAACAGAGAACAAGGUGAAAAACCUGACAGAGGAGAUGGCUGGGCUGGAUGAGAUCAUUGCCAAGCUGACCAAGGAGAAAAAAGCUCUGCAAGAGGCCCACCAGCAGGCCCUGGAUGACCUUCAGGCCGAGGAGGACAAGGUCAACACCCUGACUAAGGCCAAAGUCAAGCUGGAGCAGCAAGUGGAUGAUCUGGAGGGAUCCCUAGAACAAGAGAAGAAGGUGCGCAUGGACCUGGAGCGAGCGAAGCGGAAGUUGGAGGGCGACCUGAAGCUGACCCAGGAGAGCAUCAUGGACCUGGAGAAUGACAAGCAGCAGCUGGAUGAGCGACUGAAAAAGAAAGACUUUGAGCUGAAUGCUCUCAAUGCAAGGAUUGAGGAUGAACAGGCCCUCGGCAGCCAGCUGCAGAAGAAGCUCAAGGAGCUUCAGAUCGAGAUGAACAAGAAGCGCGAAGCCGAGUUCCAGAAGAUGCGGCGGGACCUGGAGGAGGCCACGCUGCAGCACGAGGCCACGGCCGCCGCCCUGCGCAAGAAGCACGCUGACAGUGUGGCAGAGCUGGGCGAGCAGAUCGACAACCUGCAGCGGGUGAAGCAGAAGCUGGAGAAGGAGAAGAGCGAGUUCAAGCUGGAGCUGGACGACGUGACCUCCAACAUGGAGCAGAUCAUCAAGGCCAAGGCUAACCUGGAGAAGAUGUGCAGGACCUUGGAAGACCAGAUGAAUGAGCAUCGGAGCAAGGCGGAGGAGACCCAGCGUUCUGUCAAUGACCUCACCAGCCAGCGGGCCAAGCUGCAAACGGAGAAUGGUGAGCUGUCCCGGCAGCUGGAUGAAAAGGAGGCACUGAUCUCCCAGCUGACCCGAGGCAAGCUCACCUACACCCAGCAGCUGGAGGACCUCAAGAGGCAGCUGGAGGAGGAGGUUAAGGCGAAGAACGCCCUGGCCCACGCACUGCAGUCAGCCCGGCAUGACUGUGACCUGCUGCGGGAGCAGUAUGAGGAGGAGACGGAGGCCAAGGCUGAGCUGCAGCGCGUCCUGUCCAAGGCCAACUCGGAGGUGGCCCAGUGGAGGACCAAGUAUGAGACGGAUGCCAUUCAGCGGACUGAGGAGCUUGAGGAGGCCAAGAAGAAGCUGGCCCAGCGGCUGCAGGAUGCCGAGGAGGCCGUGGAGGCUGUUAAUGCCAAGUGCUCCUCACUGGAGAAGACCAAGCACCGGCUACAGAAUGAGAUUGAGGACCUGAUGGUGGACGUGGAGCGCUCCAAUGCUGCUGCUGCAGCCCUGGACAAGAAGCAGAGGAACUUCGACAAGAUCCUGGCCGAGUGGAAACAGAAGUAUGAGGAGUCACAGUCGGAGCUGGAGUCCUCACAGAAGGAGGCUCGCUCCCUCAGCACAGAGCUCUUCAAGCUCAAGAACGCCUAUGAGGAGUCCCUGGAGCAUCUGGAGACCUUCAAGCGGGAGAACAAGAACCUUCAGGAGGAGAUCUCCGACUUGACUGAGCAGUUGGGUUCCAGCGGAAAGACUAUCCAUGAGCUGGAGAAGGUUCGAAAGCAGCUGGAGGCUGAGAAGCUGGAGCUGCAGUCAGCCCUGGAGGAGGCCGAGGCCUCCCUGGAGCACGAGGAAGGCAAGAUCCUCCGGGCCCAGCUAGAGUUCAACCAGAUCAAGGCAGAGAUUGAGCGGAAGCUGGCAGAGAAGGACGAGGAGAUGGAACAGGCCAAGCGCAACCACCUGCGGGUGGUGGACUCGCUGCAGACUUCCCUGGACGCAGAGACACGCAGCCGCAACGAGGCCCUGAGGGUGAAGAAGAAGAUGGAAGGAGACCUCAAUGAGAUGGAGAUCCAGCUCAGCCAUGCCAACCGCAUGGCCGCUGAGGCCCAGAAGCAAGUCAAGAGCCUCCAGAGCUUGCUGAAGGACACCCAGAUUCAGCUGGACGACGCGGUCCGCGCCAACGACGACCUGAAGGAGAACAUCGCCAUCGUGGAGCGGCGCAACAACCUGCUGCAGGCUGAGCUGGAGGAGCUGCGUGCCGUGGUGGAGCAGACAGAGCGGUCUCGGAAGCUGGCAGAGCAGGAGCUGAUUGAGACCAGCGAGCGGGUGCAGUUGCUGCAUUCCCAGAACACCAGCCUCAUCAAUCAGAAGAAGAAGAUGGAUGCUGACCUGUCCCAACUGCAGACUGAAGUGGAGGAGGCAGUGCAGGAGUGCAGGAACGCCGAGGAGAAAGCCAAGAAGGCCAUCACAGAUGCCGCCAUGAUGGCAGAGGAGCUGAAGAAGGAGCAGGACACCAGCGCCCACCUGGAGCGCAUGAAGAAGAACAUGGAGCAGACCAUUAAGGACCUGCAGCACCGGCUGGACGAGGCCGAGCAGAUCGCCCUCAAGGGCGGCAAGAAGCAGCUGCAGAAGCUGGAAGCGCGGGUGCGGGAGCUGGAGAAUGAGCUAGAGGCAGAGCAGAAACGCAAUGCGGAGUCUGUGAAGGGCAUGAGGAAGAGCGAGCGGCGCAUCAAGGAGCUCACCUACCAGACGGAGGAGGACAGGAAAAACCUGCUGCGGCUGCAGGACCUGGUGGACAAGCUGCAGCUAAAGGUCAAGGCCUACAAGCGCCAGGCCGAGGAGGCGGAGGAGCAAGCCAACACCAACCUGUCCAAGUUCCGCAAGGUGCAGCACGAGCUGGAUGAGGCGGAAGAGCGGGCGGACAUUGCCGAGUCCCAGGUCAACAAGCUGAGGGCCAAGAGCCGUGACAUUGGCACCAAGGGCUUGAAUGAGGAGUAGCUUUGCCACAUCUUGAUCUGCUCAGCCCUGGGGGUGCCAGCGAAGCCCCAUCCUGGAGCCUGUGUAAUAGCUCCUUGGGAGGAAGCAGAAUAAAGCAAUUUUCCUUGAAGCCAA